CACUUAAAAAUUUUCCAGAUUUUGACUUUGUAUUAUUCUAUAACAUGCUUACAUGUAUGUCUUUAUCAUAAUGUACUUCAUCCCCAUCAUUUUCAAAUAGCUUAAUCAUCAACUUGUUAGUCUAAAUUUCAUCUUACCAUUAAAAAAAAUAAGGGGAAGGUGGGCACAAUCCUGAAAUUUCCUUCUGAAUUCACACAAUUCUGAUUACCACAUUUACAAGCUAACUAGGAUAAAUUAAACCAUGAUUUUUAGACUUCCAAAAUAAUUAAUUUGGGCAUUAAGAGUAAGAUGUGGUGCAAUAAAUUAAGUUAUGGAUGUAUUGGGGUGGUUUUGUUGUUAUGUUGGAUAAGUCAAAGCUGUAAUGGAUCUGAAUCAUUUGGGUUUAAAAUCCACCAUAGAUUUUCUGAUCCUGUUAAGGCAAUGUUCAAUGGUGAUGAUCAGUACUUUCCAGAGAAAGGAACACCUAAUUACUAUGCUGCAAUGUUUCAUCGUGAUCGAGUCUUCCAUGGCCGUAGAUUAGCAGGGGAAACAAGUCAUAACUCUACUCUCACUUUUGCCUCUGGGAAUACCACUUUCCGUAUAGAUACUCUUGGAUUUUUAUAUUACGCAAAUGUGUCUGUAGGGACACCGGAAUCAUGGUAUCUCGUGGCUCUCGAUACAGGCAGUCACCUUUUCUGGUUACCAUGUGACUGUGCCCCUAAUUGCUUAACAAGGCUACAGCUCCGUCCUGAUACACCGGCAAUGAACCUGAACAUAUACAGUCCACGUAGUUCAUCCACAGGAGCACAACUGUCGUGCACAAGCCCUUACUGUGAAAACAGCAUAAACUGUGCACCGACACAAAUCCACUGCCCCUACGGAGUUUCUUAUCUCUCAGCUAACACGUCUUCUUCUGGCUACUUAGUCGAGGAUGUAUUGCAUCUCACAACCAACUCCAAUUCGUCUGCACUCUUCAACGUUAGGAUUCCUUUCGGUUGUGGGGUUGUUCAGACUGGUUCUUUCUUAAGAACCGCAGCACCAAAUGGCCUUCUCGGACUCUCUAUGGAUCCCAUAUCACUCCCUAACAUUUUAGCGAGUCAAGGGCUUACUUCAAAUUCGUAUUCAAUGUGUUUUACUGGAAACGGUGUAGGCACAAUCCUUUUCGGGGAUAGAGACAGCAAUGAACAAGGUGAAACACCACUCAAUCCCAAUGAUCGGUUGAAUUUAUACAAUAUCAGCAUAACUCACAUUAGUAUGGGAACCAACGUUUCUGCGACAAACUUCACCACGAUUUUUGACUCUGGCACCUCGAUCACUCACUUGACUGAUCCAAGUUAUAGUAUUCUCUCUCAAAAGUUCAAUUCUCAAGUAAAGGAUCAAAAGGUGGAUUUAGGCCCAGAUAUUCCUUUUGAAUUCUGUUAUGAAUCAAAUGUAAGCAUUGAUGAGUUGAUCAUUCCCAGCAUUAAUCUUACAUUGAGUGGUGGAGAUACAUUCACUAUCAUUGAUCCAGUGUUCGUAUUGCUUUUCCAGAGUGGUCGAACUGCAUACUGUUUGGGUGUUGCCAAAUCCGACAUUGAUGAACAUAAUAUAAACAUAAUUGGAGAAAAUUUCAUGAGUGGAUAUCGCAUAGUUUUUGAUCAUGAGCGGAUGGUACUUGGAUGGAAGGCACACGAUUGUGGUGAAGUUGUGCCCUUAAGUCCAAGGCCAUCCAUGUUUAGACCACCCGGAUUAAUUACACCUUCGCCCAGCUCAAGCGUUGCUUCAGCAUUAGGAAACGGACACAGACACAGCUACUUGUUCAUCUGCAUUCUUUUGGUUCAGUUGCUGUCUAUUCAACUGAUGAAUCCCUGAAGUAUAUGCACACCAAUAUACACUUACAUACAUACUAGAGAGUUUAUUCUUGUAAUUCAUUUAUGAUUCUUGUAAUUAAUCCUCAAUAAUUUUCUUGUAAAUAUAGAAGUACAAUAUAUGUUUGUAUACAGGAGUACAUAGAUUAUAGAUGGUAAAUUUUGAUACUCUAAUGUCUUUUUCAUAUUGUUUCCAGAGAGAAAGAUUUUUGAUUGCAUACUAUGUCUUUUAUUAUGAAAUGAUAAUCUACCCUUGGUUAAAAGUAAAAUUGUUCAUGGGUGGACUUGGGGGUAGCGGACCGGGUAAUGCCUUAAACAUCUACCCGCGGGCUCAAAUAUUUUUUUGUCGCUACCUGCUCAUUUUCACAGUAAAUGAUGAAGAUAAUACAAUACAAAUUAUCCAGGACAUUGAGGUAUACUAAAAUGUCUACUUGAGGUAUCUUAAACCUUUACUCGAGAUACCUAAAUGCCUACUUAAGGUAUACUGUGAACCCCU